GUUUAAAUUCUCGACUGCUGCUGCGUUGAAACAGUCGGAAGGGGCAAGCGAGAAAAAUACAGGAAAGGAGACCGCUAAAAGCCGACGUUAUUAUUUUACAAACAAUUACUGCGCUAACUUGUGACAUACUUGAAAAGAUAAAAUGUCGAAAAAGCAAAUUUACUACUCUGACAAAUACACAGAUGAAGAAUAUGAGUACAGACACGUCAUGCUCCCAAAGCAGUUGUCCAAACUGGUACCCACCUCUCACCUGAUGUCGGAGGAGGAGUGGAGAGGGCUCGGGGUACAGCAGAGUCAGGGGUGGAUCCACUACAUGAUCCACAAGCCAGAACCGCAUAUACUGCUGUUCCGAAGGCCCCUCCCCAAGGAGUGAGAACUAAACUGAAGACUCAGGACAAACAAAAAAAAACAAAACGAAACAGUCUCAACAGAACUGCACUUGUGUACAGGCCAUGUGUGGUUGUGCGUGUUUGACUCAUGCAACGUUUGCUCAUUACUCCUAGUCCUCUUUAAAUCUUACCACGUUUCUAUUUAUAAUGAAUGCAUUAUAUAGAGGCAGCCUUGGGUCAAAACGAAAGAUGCACAAUGCACCCCUGCCCCCCCCCCCCCUUUUUCCCCCAAGAAGGCUUAUAUGGCCCACAGUUUGGAAGUAAGAAACAACAAAAGUCUUUCAUUGGCCAUGCAAAAUACUAUUUUAUCUUAGAAAUGUAUAUUUUGGUGCAAAAUAUGAUGCUUGGAGUAAUUGUAGUAUUGAACGGACUUAUGUGAAAAUGUUCAAGACUCCAAAAACUCUUGGACCCUGUUUGAACAAUAAGACAUUUGGUCAUUUGGCUGCUAUGAAGAAUGUUUUGACUGGUGGAAAUUGCUGGUGUAUGUGUUAAUUAUUUUGUUUGCCAUUGCUGUUGUUACUAGGCCAGUGCAUAUAUACCUGAUAUUUCUGCUUAAAGACUGUACUGAAGUUCAUAUAUGGUAGAUGUUCAUAGUUCAGUGUUUGUUUCCAACGUUUUACAUGCUGUAAACGGAAUGCCUCGUUUUAGUCUUCUUUAGAUGAAGAUAUCGCUAAAGCCGAUUUCCACGGAAUUUAAGUCACCAUGACAAUGUAUUAAAGUUUAUCAGCCAUCAUUACGUGCUUGAUGUACGCUUUCAAGUCACAUGAACGAAUGAUUAAAAUGAUGCAGCUAUGUACGGUCUCAAAAGGCAAAAUUCUGCCAUGUGCUCUUAUAUGUCCAAAAUGUGCUGUUCUGCUCCCAUGAAUUAGUCUGACAGUAGGUUUCCAGCUCAGCUGAGUGAAAUAUGUACUUACUACUAGAGUGCAUGGGCGUGUGUGAACAGGCAGGCAACAGAUCAAAUGGACAGGGACUGUCUGGCUUCUCCUGCUAAAUUAAAACUUGUACAUCUCUGAAUCCGAAAAACAGCAUGCACUGUUGAGCCUCAGGAUAGCUGGAGGUUUUCUGUCCCCCUAAACCUCAAAAGAUUCCAUGUCCAAAGCCAGUCAGAAUUAGUUUGUAUAUUCGGAGUUAGUUUUUGUUUUUUUCCACAUUUGAAGUUUCCAAAGAACUCCAGCCCCUUAGUAUUCACAUGGACUUGAUGCUGCGAGCCAGUUCCUUGUACAUUUUAGUUUUUUUAUUAUUAUUAUUAUUAUUAUUCUGCUAGUGCUACUGUAAAAAAUGUGUAUAUUUUACAGUGUCCUUUCUAUGUGUAUAUUUUACAGUUGAGUGGAAAAUAAACACUUUACAUUGUAGUGUUUUUUGUGGUAUGGCUAAUUCUCUUUCACUUUGCUGUGGACAGUAGGCCUACCUCUUUCAUGAACCUUUUUUCUGUUCCCUGAUACGGAUAAGAGAAAUCUUAAAGUAAAGGUCAAGGCAGAAAAACAAUAUUGUUGUGUUUUUUUAGUUUUUGUGUUUCUGAGCUCUACAAACACUAAUGUUCCCCACUCACUCACUCACUCAUUAAUUGACCAAAGGAGCAACUCUCACAGUAACGUACUACCACUUAAAUGGCUGCUGCUGUUGCAUGGGUGCUUCUGGCUGUUUUUUUUUUAAUGAGGAGAGUUUGUUUUAUGAAUCAGUGAAAUGCACUGAAGCCAUUGGCCUGGAGGGUGACUGUGUCAUCAGGCCAGCAUGUCAUGUGAUUCUAUGUGCCUCUCAAACAGCUGGCUUUGUUGCGGUGGAUCUGGCCCUUGAAACCAGUCUAUUCCAUACAAUUAUUGUCUUUUUCUUUUUUUUUUACAUUUAAUAAAGGUAAUAAGGGUCUGACUGCUAAAGCAUGGCAAAGUGUUGGCAUUCACAAUGCUGCGGCAAAUGGAGGCUAAGAAAACCUUCGGGAAGAAUCGCCAAAUAAUUUUUCUGAACGUUUAUUCAGUUUCUUAAAAUGAACGGUAAUUCUUCUCCCCCCUCCCCCCCCCAAACAGACACAUUCAUAAUUUGGUGUUGUGGAUGGUCUACCCAAUGUUCCAGAAAAUUUUUUGUAGUUUCUUAUAGUAGGUAAGAAGUAACCUUUCUCUGUCUCAGCUUUGUCAUUUGUUUCAGAGCAUUAAUAGUCAACCGUUUAUCCCUCCCCCCCC